GAGUCCUGGCUCCCAGCCCCUCCCUCCAGCCCACGGGGAGGGGCGGGGCGGGGCGGGGCGAGCUGCAGGUGAGCUGCAGGUGUUGGCCCCGCCCCCUGCUAUAAAGCACCACUCCCCAGGUGGGGGAGGGGGAGGAGCUACCAUGGCCUGGACGCCCGAGAGCCGCAAGGGCCGAUCCCUGAGCACCAGCAGCCGGGACCCCCCCGCCUGGAGGAGAUUCCAGCUCCCGCUGGCCAGUUCCCCCGAGGCGCCCGCAGGGAGUGGCAUGGCCGCAGUGUGGCAACAAGUGCUGGCUGUCGACGCGAGGUACAACGCCUACCGCACGCCCGGCUUCCCGCAGUUCCGCACCCAGUACAUCCGGCGGCGCAGCCAGCUGCUGCGGGAGAACGCCAAGGCCGGGCACGACCCCGGCGCCCGCAAGCUGUACCUGCGGCUGCGCGCCCAGCUCCUGGCGCAGCGCUACGGGCCCCUCUCCGAGCAGAGCAGCUUCCGCGCCUACAGCAACAGCAUUGUCCGGAGCAGCCGCACCACGCUGGACCGCAUGGAGGACUUUGAGGAUGAUGCCCGGGCGUUGGGGGCCCGUGGCCAUCGCCGCUCCGUCAGCCGUGGCUCCUACCAGCUGCAGGCGCAGAUGAACCGCGUGGCGUAUGACGAACGGCCUCCUGGCAGCGUGGUGCCCACGUCGGUGGCAGAGGCCAGCCGGGCCAUGGCCGGUGACACAACGCUGAGCGAGAACUAUGCCUUCGCCGGCAUGUACCACGUCUUCGACCAGCACGUCGACGAGGCCGUGCCCAAGGUGCAGUUCGCCAACGACGACAAGCACCUGCUGGCCUGCUGCUCGCUGGAUGGCACCAUCUCGGUGUGCCAGCUGGCGCCCGCCCCGCCCACCGUGCUGCGGGUGCUGCGGGGCCACAGCCGGGGCGUGUCCGACUUCGCCUGGUCCCUGUCCAACGACGUGCUGGUCUCCACCUCGCUGGACGGCACCAUGCGCAUCUGGGCCGCAGCCGAGGGCAAGUGCAUCCGCCAGAUCCCCGACCCCGACGGCGCCGAGCUGCUCUGCUGCGUCUUCCAGCCCAUGAACAACAACCUGACCGUGGUGGGCAACGGGAGGCACAACCUGCACGUGGUGAACAUCUCGACGGGGAAAGAGGUGAAGGGCGGGUCGAGCAUAGCGACGGGCCGGUUGCUGGCGCUCUCCUUCGACGCCCCCGGCCGCCUGCGUUGGGCUGGCGACGACCAUGGCAGCGUCUUCUCCUUCCUCUUCGACAUGGCCACGGGGAAGCUGACCAGUGCCAAGCUGGCCUGGUGGUGCAGGAGGGCAGCUCCAUCACCAGCAUCUCGGCCCGCUCCUGGUCAGCCGGGAGGGCCCGCGGACCCCUCGCUGCUCAUCAACGCCUGCCUCACAAGCUGCUCCUCUACCGGGUGGUGGACAACGAGGGACCCUGCAGCUGAAGAGGAGCUUCAGAUCCAGCAGGGCUCCCACCCCGUCGCAGCAUCUUCUGCCCCCUCAUGUCCUUCCGCCAGGGGGCCUGCGUGGUGACAGGCAGCGAGGACAUGUGCGUCUACUUCUUCGACGUGGAGCGCACCAGCCGGGCCAUCGUGAACAAGCUGCAGGGGCACAGCGCCGCCGUGCUGGGCGUCAGCUUCAACUGCGACGAGAGCCUGCUGGCCUCCAGCGACGCCAAGGGCAUGGUCAUCGUCUGGCGCCGCGAGCAGAAAUAGGGGCCCCGCUCCCCCCCGAGCCCGGCUCCCUGGCCCUGGCGGCUGAGGGGCCGGGGUACCUCUGACCCCAUGUAACCCUUUGUGGUUCUUGCCCCCAACACCCCCAUCGUGUCUUUCCCCUUGGUGUGGGGGCCCCCCUGCGCUUAGCCCACUUCCUCCCUCCUCCUGCGAGCCAGGACGCCUGGGUUCUCUUGCUGGCUCUGGCCGGGCAGCCUCAGACUGCUGGUCAGACUGGGGCAGGUCCCAGAGCUGCUUGCCCCCCUGCUGGUAAGGGGUUACUUUAUUUGCUGGGGGGGGCUGUUAUGGGGGUAGGACGCCCUCAGUGGGCAGGUUGACCUACAGCUCUGCUUGAAGCUGCUGGUUGUGCCCAGAUCCCCAGGGCGGGAGGCUCAGCACGUGCCCCCCACCGCCCUGACAAAGCCACGGUACACAUAGGCUGAGGCAGCCUCUCAGAGUCGGUUCCCUGGGGCUGCCCUCACUCCCCAGGGGCACACUGCUGGCAUGUCCCUUUGGGACCCGGCUGCCAUGGAGCCUCCAGCCUAGACAGCAGGACGCCUGGGUUCUGUGGUUGGGCCUAAGACCCUGUGCCUCAGUUUCCCCAUCAGUAGAAGAGGGCGAAUGAUACUGACAGGAUGAGAGAGCUGCUGCUGGAAAGCGCUAGCAGAGGGCCAAGCAUUACUAGGGGCUCCCUCCUCUGCCUUGGUGACUGAAACCUGCUGUCCUUAGCCCCCCCCCCCGAUUCGCUACCCCUGAGGGGCCUGAUUCUCACACGGGUGGAUCCAGAUAGGUGAGGUUCCUGCCCUGACCUGUGCCAGCAGUGCUGCCAGCAUGGGAGGGAGGGCCACAGCUGGGCAUAUCUGGGGAAACCCCACCCCCCAUAGCUAGGGCUGUGGAACUAGGGUCAAGGGGCCUAUUUAACCCCCACCUUCCACAGAAAUAACAGCUGGGGCCUGGGCCAAUCCCAAACCUGUGAGUGUAAAAGGACAGUUCGCCCAGUGCUGAGAUGCAACCACCCCGGGGCGGGGCAGCUAAGGAACAGCUGCAUAUAACACAUCACUGGGUGGCUUGCCCAGCACUGAAAUGCAGCGGACUCUGGGAUGGGACCCCUGAGGAACAGCCCCACAGCAAAACUCUCUGCCAGUUUAGGACAGGAAGUGAAGCAAACUCCUCCAUCUAAGUUAGUGCAGAGGAGAUCAUUUAGAUUUAACUAGGAAGUUGGAAUUAAACAGACGGCACCCACCCCCCAGUGCCUAGGGAGAGCACCCCCACCCCACUCCCGAGUACCCCCUCGACCCCAUUCUCUAGCCAUUAUAACCACGAGCCAAAAGAACCAGAUACCACCACUGGGUCCAGAAUCAAACCAUCUAAUUGCCUUGAUCGCAGACAGUGGCUCUUGCGGCCCAGCUGCUCCCCAACCCCAGCUCCCUCCCCCCAAUCAAAAAUACCUUGUAGAAAAAGUCAUUUUACAAAAUGCCCCAAAUUAGUUUAAAAACACCCCCUCUCCCCCCCCCAGCUGCUUUGCCGGUUGCAUUGGGACACAGGGUCAAGUGCGGCUUCAAGUCGAAUAUUCCUGGAUCCCCCCCAAACUGGCCACUUCCCACAGGAGGCCGUGGUGCUCUGUACACAGUAGACAGGGUCUUUAUACGGCCAUGGCAGAGCCAGGACAGCUCCGUCCCCUGCCACAGCCUGGGAACCAACUGAUUAAAAUCCAUGGCAGCAAUUCCUAUAAAAACCCCCUUGACAGGAGGGAGGGAGCAGAGGGAAGCAGGCCCCACACCGUAGAGUGAAAGCAGGCAGGUGAGGUAAGUCCAAUGGGGGGAGGGUGGGCAUGGGCCCCCCUGCCCUCCCCCAGAGCCCUGCGCGGUGGUGGCCAUGGGUUCCAGACGCCCGGCAGGGCACGCAGGGGCUAGAAGAGGUACUUCCGGCAGGAUGCGGCCCCGCACUUACACUCGAUCCGCACUCGCUUCUUGGGAGAGCUGGCCAGGCCGCCGGCCCGGCCCAGGUUGGAGUCCAUCCGUGUGCUCUCUGCAUCCACCGGGUCCACUGUGGGGGAGGAGAGAAGGCAUCAGGGGAAGGAUCCCACCCCAGGGCUCUCCCAAGCAGUGGGGCUUGACCCCCCUUCAGGGCCCCCCAGAAGGCACUCACCCUGCAUGUUGUAGUCGAAGGUGAGCUCCUCCCCAGCACGGAUGUGCCGCGUGGCGAAGAGGGCGAUUCGCGGCAGCCGCUCAUCCAGGUUGUCGAUGAACACGUUGUAUACCUGCAGGUUGGGGUCACACUGCACCGGGGGGGAGGGGGUAGGUGAGUGGGGCAAGGCAAAGCUGCCAUAGCCCUACCCCCUCACCCACAUGCCCCCACCACCUUCCUCCCCAAAUACCCCUUCCCUCGCCAGAGCGCCACCAGCUCCCUCCUCUCUGCUCCUUGGUCCCACCCGCCAGGGUGGAGUGACAGAAACGGAAGCGAUUUAAAUCACCGCUUCGAAUCGGCAAGUGGGAAGCCUGGUUUUCAACCCUCCAUUUCAAUCCCCUUUUGUGUCAGUGCUUUUUACUUCUCUCCCUAGAGAAAAGCCGAGGCUCAUUGGUUGGUAAUCGUUAAAACAUUGUAAUUGGCAACUAAAUGUCGCCUUUUCCCCAAAUCUGGCCCUUCUUUUCACUAACCCACAAGACAUGCUAUGUUUACACACAUUUAUUUAAGCAAUUAUAUAGCAAUUACGUUAUAAUUUAUUAAUGAAUUAUCUGAUUCAAAUAUAAUUAAUAUUAAUACAUUAUAUUGUCAUUUAGAAAUAUCCGUAAGUAGGACAAUGAUGUAUUAAUAUUGAUAAAUUAUAUUAUCGUUUUAACACACAGCCUAGAUCUCUGCUUGGAAGGAUUAGAUUUUUACUGGUGAGGGUUGGUAAACAUCAUUUUCACCGCACACCCACAAACGUGAUCAAAAUUGACAGCUAGGCAAAGAAAGAAAAAUGCAGCUUGAAGGAUAUUGACUUUGUAUGUCUUGACAUGUGGUGUGUGUUCUUGUUCUAAUAGCUAUAAAAUUAACUUUUUGAAUCUUAGCAUCUACUGUCAUUAUAUAAUUAUAGCCUGACCCAACCUAUUGUCUAACCCCACCCCUCCACCCCACACACACACUGUCCCACAACUGUGAAAAUUUAAAUCAAUAAAAAUCAGGAGAAAAGGAUUAAAAAUAGACAAUUUUGUCCAUCAAAAUGAUAAAUAAUUACUUCUGCCAAGCCUACUUAUAGCAUAAUUCAUUAAUCUUAAUACAUUAUAUUACACUAGUUUGUUAAUAUUAAUAUUACACUAAUGCAAUGUAUUAAGAUUAAUUAUAUAAUAUAGAGGUUAUGUAUUUAUUUGGAUUCUUAAAUUUGACUUUUUUAUUAUGUUAGAAUUUGGUGAAUGGCAUUGCUUAUUUAGUUUUUUGGGGGGGUUUCAACUCACAGUUUGUGUGAAGUUUAAUUUCGAUGGAAAUUGUAAUGAAAAAUGCACAAAAAGAUUUUAAAUUGUUUCACUUUAAUUCAUUCAAUAAAACAACCAUAAAAUGUGCGGGAUGCAUACGAAAAAACAAAACUAGGGUUUAUCAAAACAGGGUUUGCAUUUAAAACUGAGCUACUGCUAAUUCCAUGAAAACUACCUUAAAAUGUGGUUGAUGCGUAAGAACAAAAAUGAGUUUAUAAAAACAUGGUUUUGCAUUGAAAA